CGCAGACGGAACCGAUGCCUAAUAAAUCCAUUCAUUUAAAAUCAUGCUUGACAUUAUUAGCAUUGCUUCCAUCUUCACGCGUUUUUGUUACUAUAGCAUUCGCAGCGUACUGUUGAUAAUUCGAUACCACUUUGAUUCCAUCCAGUUCCUCUUCUCUUUUUUCAACUUGAAGCGGCAAUUUCAAAAUGUCUAAAGCACCGAUCUGUCAAUAGAUACAGUAGGUCGGAAGUAUUCGCGAGAAACUGUCAAUUGAGAAAUCGAAACGCCCAAAGCGUGCUUACUUACUCACUUCAACAACCAAACCCUUUUUUCUCUCUCGCCCUCCCACUCUCACUCCUAACUCUCUGCCUUCUUCCUCUCUCUGCUCUGCCUCAUCCCUGAGUUUCACCAAGGAAACAAACGAUUAUGGUGAGGUCUUGCGUUUUUUCGAUUUCUCUUUUGGUGGUUUUGACCUUUUUCUGCCCUUCGGUCGCCGUGGAAUCGGUCGGUUUUUUGGAGGACCGCUGGCUUCUCUCCCUAAAGUCCGCCGUUUCCGACCCUGGAGGCUACCUUGCCUCUUGGAACUCUUCUUCUAGCUACUGCACAUGGACUGCCGUCGGAUGCGACUUCUUCGGCCGCGUCAUCUCCCUCGACAUCUCCAACAUGAACCUCUCGGGAACUCUUCCGCCGGUGAUCGGCCGUCUCCGCUUCCUCGCGAACCUCACGGUCGGUGCAAAUAAGUUCUCCCAGAAUAUUCCCCAGGAGAUAUCGGAGAUCGCCGGGCUUCGUGUCCUCAACCUCUCCAACAACGUCUUCAAUGGCAGCUUUCCGGCGGAGCUCAGGCGCCUUCAUCGCCUUGAGGUCCUGGACCUGUAUAACAACAACCUCACGGGGCCGCUGCCGAUGGAACUCGCAGCAAUGCCGAAUCUCCGGCACCUGCAUCUUGGAGGGAACUUCUUCACCGGUAAGAUACCGCCGGAGUACGGUGGGUGGGAGUUCCUCGAGUACCUGGCGAUUUCCGGCAACGAGCUAAGCGGACCGAUUCCGCCGGAGAUAGGCAAACUGAGCAGGCUGCAGCAACUUUAUCUUGGCUACUACAAUGUCUACAAUGGCGGCGUCCCGCCGGAAAUGGGCAACCUGACGAGGCUCGUUCGGCUCGACUUGGCCAACUGUGGACUCUCGGGCCCCAUUCCGCCGGAAAUCGGCAACCUCCAUCUCCUCGACAGUCUGUUUCUCCAGGUGAACGGUCUCACUGGGCCUAUCCCGCCGGAGUUGGGAAAGCUCCAGACCUUGAAAUCCAUGGAUUUAUCGAAUAACAUGCUGUCAGGCGAGAUACCGGCGGAGUUCGUCGACUUGCAGAAUCUAACGCUGCUGAAUCUGUUCAGGAACAGGCUGCACGGGUCCAUUCCGAGCUUCAUCGGCGAUUUGCCGGAAUUACAAGUGCUACAGUUAUGGGAGAAUAACUUCACUGGAAGUAUCCCGCCGCAACUUGGUAAGACAGGGAACCUUAUCGUUCUGGACCUCUCAUCUAACAGACUCACCGGAAACAUACCGCCGGAACUAUGCUUCGGUGGAAAAUUACAGACGCUCAUCACGCUCAGCAAUUUCCUCUUCGGCCCAAUUCCGGCCUCGCUCGGGAAAUGCGAGUCCCUAAGCCGAAUUCGGAUGGGGGACAACUACCUCAAUGGGUCGCUUCCGGAGGGGCUGCUGGGUCUUCCGAAUCUGGUCCAGGUCGAGCUCCAGGACAAUUAUCUCACCGGAGGUUUGCCGGAGAUGUCGUCCAUCUCUCCGAAUCUCGGACAGCUCUCCCUCUCCAACAACCGCCUCUCUGGGCCUCUUCCCUCCUCCAUUGGGAACUUCUCUGGUGUCCAGAAGCUCCUUUUCGACGGCAACUCCUUCACCGGCAGCAUUCCUCCGACCAUCGGCAGACUGCAGCAGCUAUCCAAGUUGGAUCUCAGCAGCAACAAGCUCUCCGGAGAGAUAACGCCAGAAAUCAGCCAGUGCAAACUCCUCACGUUUGUGGACCUCAGCCAGAACGAGUUAACCGGCCCAAUUCCAGUCGAGAUCACGGAAAUGCGUAUUCUCAACUACCUGAACCUGUCGAGGAACGAUUUAUCCGGCAGCAUCCCCGACGCCAUCGCAUCGAUGCAAAGCCUGACGUCUAUUGAUUUCUCCUACAACAACCUAUCCGGCCUGGUUCCCGGCACCGGCCAGUUCAGCUACUUCAAUUCGAGCUCCUUCGUGGGUAACGCGGGCCUCUGUGGCCCUUACUUGGCCCCCUGCAAAUCCGGCGACUCGUCUGGAUCUUCCCGCCACGUUAAAGGCCCCUUCUCCUCUUCAGUGAAGUUGCUUCUCGUCGUUGGCCUCCUCGCGUGUUCGGUGGCUUUCGCCCUCGCGGCUGUCAUCAAGGCACGGUCCCUCCGGAAAUCCUCCGCGGCCAAGUCAUGGAAGCUGACCUCGUUCCAGCGGCUGGAUUUCAGCUGCGACGACAUCCUGAACGCCCUAAAAGAGGAGAACAUAAUCGGAAAGGGAGGGGCGGGGAUUGUGUACAAGGGGGUGAUGCCCAACGGAGACGAAGUCGCCGUGAAGCGACUGCCGGUGAUGAGCCGGAACUCUUCCCACGACCACGGCUUCAAUGCGGAGAUUCAGACGCUUGGACGCAUCCGCCAUCGCCAUAUCGUUAGGCUGCUUGGGUUCUGCUCGAACCAGGAGACUAAUCUUUUGGUGUACGAGUACAUGCCCAACGGGAGCCUUGGGGAGAUGCUGCACGGCAAGAAGGGCGGCCACCUCCGCUGGGAAACAAGGUUCAAGAUCGCCAUUGAAGCUGCCAAGGGGCUCUGCUACCUCCACCACGAUUGCUCUCCCCUGAUAAUUCACCGUGACGUGAAGUCCAACAAUAUCCUCCUCGACUCCAAUUUCGAAGCACACGUCGCCGACUUCGGCCUCGCGAAGUUCCUUCAAGGUUCCGGCACCUCAGAAUGCAUGUCCGCCAUUGCCGGUUCCUAUGGCUACAUUGCCCCUGAGUACGCGUACACAUUGAAGGUAGACGAGAAGACCGACGUCUACAGCUUCGGGGUGGUGCUUCUGGAGUUGGUGAGCGGGAGGAAGCCGGUAGGCGAGUUCGGCGAUGGGGUGGACAUCGUUCAGUGGAUGAGGAAGAUGACGGACUCCAAGAAAGAUGGGGUGCUGAAGAUUUUAGAUCCGCGGCUGCCUAGCGUGCCGCUGCAUGAGGCCAUGCACGUCUUCUACGUAGCAAUGCUGUGCGUGGAGGAACAGAGCGUGGAGAGGCCGACGAUGAGGGAAGUGGUUCAGAUCCUGACGGACGUCCCUAGGGGAGCAUCGGAUCCGACGCAACACAUUUGCAGCCAACCCACCUCGCCCGCCACCGAGUCGACGUCGGGGACCUCACCCGCAGACGCCCAGCCGUCUCGGUCCCUUCCACCCGAUCUGCUGAGCAUCUAGACUACUCUUGACACUUUCCCUCGUUUCCUCAUCCACAGCAAAUGGAGCUGGUUGGUUUUUUUUUUUUUGUUGUUGUUUUCCAUGUCGUUAUUUGUGUCCUUUUUUUCUUGUUAGGUUAUAAUUGUGCAUAGAGUUCCCCUUCUCUAUUGUAAGUUAAUGCCGCCAUUUUCCUGUUCGCAAGCUUUUUCUCUCAGAAAAAAGUGAGGCUCUAUUAA